AUGUCUGAUCACGAACAACAGAAUUUCAAUAACGAUCUCAAUAACCAAGGUGCUGGUGAAUCAGCUACCCCUGGAAUCAUUUCGCCACCAGUGGAAAAUAAGGCAGGAGCACUGACAACAACAUCUGGCGGCGCAAAUUCAGGCGAUGAGGAUAACAAAGGAGCCUUGGACCAACCAAAAGAAGAAAAAGUAGAGGACAACAAAGAACGUAUUAAUAUAAAAGUAACUGAUGGUCAUGGUGGUGAAAUUUGGUUCAAAGUGAAACGAUCAACACCUAUGAAGAAGAUUAUUGAGACAUUUUGCAAAAAGCAAGGUAAAGAUGAAAAUUCAUUACGGUUCUUUUUCGAUGGUAAUAGGGUAAAUGCUGCACAUACCGCUGAAGAGUUGGAUAUGGAGGAUAACGAUGUUAUUGAAGCCCAUCAUGCACAACUAGGUGGAAGCCGUGUUUGA